AUGGCAAUGAAGUCCGCACAGUCACCCGAAAACACACAAAAACCCAUGCCCAGCUCAACAAAGCGCCAGAUUGCGUCUCGAUUACGGCGAGCAAUAGCGUAUGCAGAGAAUCUUGCGGCCGUUCUGGAGGCGAGUACCGCGAAGGCUUCGAAGAUGGACACCGUAGAAGCCAGAGCCUACCUCUAUAUGCUGCGGGGCAGCUUGGAUUUCGAGAAAUCAAAGUGGCAGACAUGUCUGAAGAAUUAUUCCCUGCCGCGGGUGGCCUAUACGACACUUGGAAAGGAGACCAAAAACGAUGCGUUCAAGGACCUGCUGUCUGGUAUUGUUGACCCGAGUAUCCGCUAUGCUGCCUACCAGCUCAAGCUGCCGCGCACAAAACCGGUGGACGAGAUCGUCAUCGAGAACUUUCCGAGCAAUGAGCAGACCACCAAGUCUUCACUGACCGAGGUGGACUCUCACGCUUUUCAGACAGCGAAAGAAGCCGUAAAAGCCGAGCCUGGUCAACACGAUAUCCCCACUUCCAUCACAUGGCGGUCCCGGAAGGUCAAGCUCGAGGACGCCGUCAUCGCUCAGUCGCUGGGCGCUGCAAUGUCAGAAGAAGAGACCCUGCAGGAGAAAUUCACAAAGUCCAAGUCCGACAACACUUCUCCGACCGAUCUGGCAGCUUCUUACGACCGUACUAUCGAAGCAAGGCAGGAUGCCGCGGACGCCACCAAAGCUGCCAUUGACGAUCUCGCAGCUGAGGGCGUAGAUCCUGGUGACGCUCGAGUUCAGUCCCUUCAGGUUACGCGAACGGCCGUCAACUACGCCGUCAUUGAGUUCCGUAUCGGUCGCAAUCGUGUGCUGUGCGGCCCGUCCGAUGGACUCUUCUUCGAACCAGAGCAACGCACCAUACCCAACAAGCAAAGCUCGACGGAAGCGCCCAUACAGAAACAGAAAUCCGAGUCCACAGGAAGACAAGUCUCCCGCCUACGCGAACGUACCGCUCUCUACGACGCCAUCCUCCAGUCCAUCGAAUCCGUCAAGGACCUCCCGGGUGUCAUCGCCGACACAGCAUUCGUGACCGAGCUAGACGCAAAGCACUCUUACUUCCGUGCCCUUAAAUGCCUCGCCAUCGGCCGCUCCCACGCACUCAACAACGAAAAAGCGAACGCCCUCGCCCUAUUCUCUCGAGCUCGACAACUCUGCCAGUCCGCCGCCACCGACCUCCCCUCCAACUCACAGCAAUCAUCUUCACCAAAUUCCGCACCCAAACUCGACAUAUCCACCUCCCUCCUCUCGACCGCAACUUCCCACCUCACAACCCUAGUAACGCGCUACCGCGCCCUCACCGAGCUCUCCAACCUCACCUCCACAUCUACCAAUAAAACACCGACCAAACCUCUCGCCUACACCCGACCGCUAUCAGACACGCUGCAUCUCAACAUCUACCACGACAACCCAGACCUCAACAACAUCGUCAAUUACCCGCCGAAGCUGCAGCCCAUACCCGUCAAGCCCCUGUUCUUCGAUCUGGCGUGGACGUAUAUCGAUUAUCCGAAGCACGGGAAGAAGGCUGUGCAGGCUGCAAGUGGCGGUGGUAAAGGUGCCGCAGCGGCGAAUAAAGAGGCGGAGAAGAGGCCCGGGACGCCGGAAGUGCAAGAGCAGAAGAAGAAGGGAUGGUUUGGAUUUGGCGGUCGCUAG